CGGAGGCCCCGGGGAAGGGGCGGGCAGGACCCCAAGAUGGCGGUCGCGGCCGUCGCCGCCGCCUCCUCCUCCUCCUCCAUCUCCUCCAUCUCCUCCCGCCUGCUGCUGGGCGCCGUCGAGGGGAAGCUGACGGCUCUCGCAUCGACCGCCGCCUCUGCAGGGUCGGGGCCGCGGAGAAGAGCUUAUUCGCGGGGGAGAGGAGAGGCCGCCGCCGACGACCUGCCGUCGCGGAUGGAAAAUCCCUACAGAGAACCUCUUAAGAAAUGUAUCCUGUGCGGGGUGCACGUAGACUACAAGAACGUUCAGCUGCUGUCUCAGUUUAUUUCCCCGUUCACUGGAUGCGUUUACGGCAGGCAUAUAACAGGUCUCUGUGGGAGGAAACAGAAAGAGCUGGCGAAGGCUAUCAAGAGGGCUCACAUAAUGGGAUUCAUGUCCGUUACUUACAAGGACCCCACCUUUCUGAAAGAUCCCAAAAUUUGUAACAUCAAGUAUCGGGAAUAAACGUCUUCAGGCUUCCCUCUUAAUAAACGUGUUGCCCGGCGGCUUUCGA